GGCCCACUAUAAGAAUGUCGCGCUCGCCAGACAGCUCGCCAGCAUCUCCGUCCUCUUUCACUCAACUUCACGACUUAUAUACGAAAUCCCCGAAUACCCCACUCAACCACCAUGUCCAACUCUACCAAGGCAGGAUCCACCACUGUCGGUGCGCAGGCACCCAACAACACCGAUUCUCGCUGGGAGACUAGCGCUGCGUGGCAGCAGGCCGAAAUGUCGACCAAGGAGCUCUCCGACGAGGUCAACAAGAACGCAAGCCAGGCGCAGACCGCCGCCCAGCAGGCAGCUUCUGAGGCCCGAGUAAUCGAGCCUCAGGUCAUCUCUGCAGUGAACGAGCUUGAGGCUCAACGCGCUUUGAGUGAGGCCACCACUCAGGCAACAGAACAGGGCAAGUUCGACGUCGAGGCGGCGAGAAACACGGCUGGCGCCACCGCUACUACGGCUGUCGAGCAGGCGAAGAACAUUGCUAAUAGCGCAUAUGCGACCGCUCAGGCACUAUACAACAGUCAGGCGCAGGAGGGUUCGACGACCCAGAAUCUUUCUUCCACCGUCCAGUCAACUGCGCAGACUGCGCUUCAGACGGGCAAGGAAUACCUCGCCUCCGCGCAGACCGCCGCGCAGCCACACAUCGAGAAGGCGAAGACGUAUGUCGCCGGCAGUACUGGCACCAGUGGCCCUGCGACGGGCAAGCCAGACGGUGUCCCCGCCAGCACAGCACCUCUCGAGUCUGGUCCCCACGUCGUUGGCAACCCAUACCCCGCCACCAGCGGAGCCCAGACGACGAAGGUUGGAGAGCUCUGAGAUGUAGCUGGGGGAGCAAACUGUAUUAUACUGUGAUGUAGAUCGGUGCUAGCCUAGAACUAUUUACUCGUGUAAUAAAUCGACUGACAUAUAAGUCGGUUGUAUACGUACCUCUUGAGUCCGUCCUGUCAUGGGCAAUUCUUCAGACAUUCGUGAAUGACUG